AUGCAUGCACAGCAACAAUCAAUGCCUUACAUGUAUUAUACAUCUCCUUAUAGCAUUCCUGCUUAUGGAACCAUAUCAUCGUCUCAAGUCGUUAUAUCGGAUGUAAAUUGGCGUAAUUCAUGGUCGAAUAUUAGAUCAUUUGUUAUUUCGGUUGUGCUACUGUUUUGCAGUACAGCAAUCAUUGGUCUUGAUAUAGCUAAUGUAGCAAUUGAAGUCAAUAAACAAAAUGGAAAUUCUAAAUUAGGAUCAGGAACAGCAACUGUUGGUGCAGGUAUUUGGGGUGGAUCUGUAUCAUUUAUGGCUGCUAUUUUUAUUUUUAUAACAAUAUUUGCACGAAACAAACGCGUUGCUGCUACAUUUGCCUUAUUAGCAGUAGUCUUGGCUUUCUUUUUCACUAUUGUACUUAUUGGUUUAAUUGGCAAUUCUAUACAAACUAAUCUAUCAGAAACUCAACGUACCAAUGCAGAAAAAGUACAAGACAAACUUGCAAUUGCCAUACUUUCCUUUGCUGUACCCACCAUGAUAGCUUGUAUGGUAUUCUUUGCUGUGUAUAUCACAGUUCUAUUUUCAUCAUCUACAAGUCAAUCAAACAUACGUUGA